UAUUAAUUUAUUGGGUAUGAUGUUAACAGAAGUUCAGAUGGUGGUGUGUGGUGGUGAUGCCGUUCAUGGCAUUCUACCUGACGGGGCUCGUGCUGGAGAUGGACCUCAACUACCCUCUCAAGAUACUGCUGCUUGUCUGCUUCUAUGGCCUGCUCCACUUUAUUAGCAAUUUGCUGUUUGAUGAUGAACUCAAAAAUAUAUUCCCAUUGAGUGUGUAUGUUGCUACAAAGAUGUGGUUCUACAUCACGUGGUUCGUGUUUGUGGCGCCUGUGGUGGGCUGGACGGCUACGCUCGCUUUCACCGCCUGUUCAGCGCUGCUCUGGUACACGUUCCUGCGCUCCUGGCGCAGUGACCCCGGAGUCAUCACCGCCACAAGACAAGACAAGUUCCGCACGAUCAUCGAGCUAUCCGAGAGCGGCGCAACAGGCGCAGGCGCGGGUGCGGGCGCGGGCGCGGGGGCGGGAGCGGGCGGCGGGUUCGACUCGUCACGCUUCUGCUCCGCGUGUCUCGUUCGUCGGCCGCUGCGCUCCAAGCACUGCUCCGUGUGCAAUCGCUGCGUCGCCAAAUUCGACCACCACUGUCCGUGGGUCGGCAACUGCAUAGGAGCUAACAAUCACCAAUAUUUCAUCGGGUUUCUGGUGAGCUUGGUGGCCAUGUGUUGCUGGAUGGUGUGGGGCGGCGCGCAGUACCUGCGCGAGGAGUGCCCGUUGCCGCCCAACGGCACCGCCGUCGACGCGCCGCUCGUGUGGGGCUCGUGCAGCGCGUGGAUGCUGUGGGUGCUGCUCAACGCAUGCUUCCACCUGUUCUGGGUGACCGUGCUCACUUGUUGCCAGCUGUACCUGGUGGUGUGCCUGGGCAUGACGACCAACGAGCAGCUGAACCGCGGGCGCUACCGGCACUUCCAGGCGCGCGGCGGGCGCUCGCCGUUCACGCGCGGGCCGCUCAACAACUGCGCGGACUUCUUCCAGUGCCGGCUCUGCGGCCUGCUGGCGCCGCGCGCGCGCGACUGGGCCGCGCCCGCCGCCGCGCCCGCCGACGACCACGAGCCCAUGCUGCCGCCGCACCAGUACGUGUGAGGCGCCGCCUCGGUGCUCUGUACAUACUGCCCCGCUGUAAAUAUGUCCGGCUACGAGUCCGCGCCGUCGCGGGUUAUUUAUUGCUUAGCGCCUGUCGGGCUUCCCUCUCGAACAAAUAUUUCGUGUACGAGUGCACGUGGGACGUCUCUCGCGUCUCGGUGUCUGUCGCGUGUAAAUGGAAAGCUUCUAUUCUUAUUGAGCUCCACGUGAUCCGCAUUUACUUCUGGUCUAUGCGAGUGAUUCGCUUGUUACGUAAUAUGACACGGUUUAAGCCGUGGACUCUUGAUUCCUCUUGUGGCAAGCUGAUGUUAAAAAUAUAUAAAUUCUUAGUUGCCAUACAAAUGGUAUAUUCUACACGCGCCUAUGACAAGCAAUUUCUGCGCAUUUGCAGCGUGCACACAAAUGCAACUAAAACUACGUGUUUUUAGUUUUAGUUGCAUUAGCGCCGCUUCGUCAUGUCGUUUAAAGGCACUUAGUGUUUGUUGCUCCCACUAGGAAUAUCCCUUAUCUUACAGAAUAAAGCUUUUAACUCGGGUCGUUCGUUUGUUUGUUAAAGAUAUUUUUAGUAGGUAACUAAUACAUAUUGUACAAUUAUUUUUUUACCAGUUUAUUGACACCUACAGAUACUCGUACUUCAUCACAUUAUAAAGUAUUUUCUUCUCGUUUAGUGUAAGUAUGUUGACGCUGCUGCAUCGUGGGUUGUGUUCAUAAUUAGAAAUGUUUCCGUAAUAUAUAAUAUACAUAACAUGUAUAACAAUCCGCGGCGCAGUUCUAGUGGCGACGCGGGUCGAUAAUUAUUAUCAUCAACAUUGAUUGGUGUAAUUUGAGAUUAUUACUGUUUACUGACGAAUUUCGUCGCAGCCCAGAAUAGAUAAAAAGUAAAUUGAAUCGACGAUGGAAACUACCUCGUGUUCGGCCAGCUCGGUCCCUCCCCGCACAUCUGCGCCGCGUGCGAGUCACUCGCGCGGCGCCACUCGCCCGACACUCGCCGGACACUAGCCCGACAGUCGCCCGACACUCGCCCGACACUCGCCCGAGUCGGCCUACUUAGUGUACAUUAACAAUCGACUCGACGCAGACCACAUGACGGGGUUCACGUCAGCCAACCUCGCUAUAUAGGUACUUAUAUUAAGUACUUAUAUGAAAAAAGAUUAAGGUUUCAGCGUUAUACCAUAUAAUACGUAAUAUAAUAAAAAACUGAUCCUAUGUGGGUUCCGUUUUUUCCUUUUGAGGUACGGAACCCUAUAAAAUAGCAUGGUCGAGGUUGUUCGUACUACAUAAUAUAGCUCUGAUUUUACAAGGGAGAAGUGCACGAGCAUGUGCGAGUAGCCACCAGCUCGCCGCCUGGUCUGCGCCGACGCUCACCGAAGCUUCUAUUAUUUAGUCUUUCACGUUUGAAUGAUGUGUGAUCGCAACAAUAUAAUGAAUUGCGAUGUGAUUGAGCGCGGGCAGGUGUCAUUGUUACCAUAUUUGUUAAUAGUCCUAUAUCACGGUUACAGCAAUAACAAAAAGCUUUAUUAGUAUUGUAAUUAAUGACGACCGGAGCGGCCACGAACUGUUGUCGUCACCCGGCGAGCUCCGAGUCGACGCAGGGCCGGGCCUCGUGGCGCCCUACAUACUCAUUACAAGUACAAACAAUUAAUAGGAUUCAAUAAUAAUAAACUUGUCCGGCCGUGCAGUACGGACGGUCUUCGUUGUGGGUACUUAUUUACAGAAUAGUAAAUGUAUUUAUCGUCAUAUCAGUAUGUGAAGUAUUUUCUGUGAAUGAAGUCGGUCACUGCUCGGUCGCCGCUCGCAGGAGCCUCGUGAUAUUAUAUUUAAUUAAAUAAUUCCUUUGAAUCGAUUGAACUAUGUUUAAUUUGUAUAAAUGGAUAUUAUAUUCUAAAUAUUCGUAGAUGUAUGAGAGAAGGAUUGACUGGCGGACCGUGUAAUUUAAUUAUUUAUAUUAUCUGUAAACUUGUAUAGAUGAUACGGUUGUAUUAUAUUCAGAACGAAACCAAAAUGCAUUUGAAUUAAAUAUUACGACAAAAA